CCCUGGGCUCUUUUGUUUAUUUCGUCUUCACUUCUUAUUUUAGCUUGUUUUGACUCUUUACUUAAAUGAAUGUGCAUACUUUUAUUUGUUUAAUACAUGCAAUAAGCGCCUGGAUUUUGUUUCAAUGUAUUCCUGCAUGCACGACAUCAGAGACAGACACUUUUAAAACCACUGUGGUGCCCAAUGAGUUUAUUGUUCAAUAUCAUUUUAAAUACUUUCCCACGGUCAGAGAAACCUAUAUACGAACUAAGCUGUUAAGUUCCAAUCUAUCAAAUUGGAGAAUCUUACCACGAAACAAUUUGGCGAGUCAAUUUCCAAGCGAUUUUGAUAUAUUAAGAGUUUUGGAAGAGAAACCAGCUUCUUUAGAUCAAAUUGUAAAGAAAGUCGCAUCUCAUCCAUCAGUUAAGGCCGUCGUCCCACAGCGAAGUGUGCAACGAACCCUCGCAUGGGCCCUUAAUGGAACUCAAAGCCGCAAUACUCUGGGAAUAGUACGCAAAGAGGACAAGCGCUCAAGGCGAGUUUCUUCGGUACUGCAUGCAAAUGUACUCUGGAAUCUGGGCAUAACAGGAAAAGGUGUAAAAGUGGCUAUUUUUGAUACUGGUUUAACCAAGAAUCACCCACAUUUCCGGACUGUCAAGGAGCGCACAAAUUGGACAAAUGAAAAGUCGCUGGACGAUAAAGUUAGCCAUGGCACAUUUGUCGCCGGGGUGAUAGCAUCAUCUAAAGAAUGCCUGGGGCUGGCCCCUGACGCUGAGUUGUACAUCUUUAAAGUCUUUACAAACUCUCAGGUUUCCUAUACCUCGUGGUUCUUGGAUGCUUUUAACUAUGCAAUACAUAGAAAAGUAAACAUUCUCAACCUUAGCAUAGGUGGGCCAGAUUUCAUGGACUCACCGUUCGUUGAGAAGGUUCUGGAAUUGUCGGCCAAUAAUGUUAUAAUGGUAUCGUCGGCUGGCAAUGAUGGCCCCCUUUAUGGAACUCUGAACAAUCCUGGCGAUCAGAGCGAUGUGAUUGGUGUCGGCGGCAUUCAGUUUGAUGACAAAAUUGCCAAGUUCAGCUCCCGCGGAAUGACCACCUGGGAGCUUCCGCUCGGCUACGGAAGACUAGGGCUAGACAUUGUCACCUAUGGCAGCCAAGUGGAAGGCAGUGAUGUGCGCACAGGCUGCAGACGCCUCUCGGGCACAUCAGUUUCAUCGCCAGUUGUUGCAGGAGUAGCCGCUCUACUUAUAAGUGGCGCAUUCCAUAGAAUGGAGCUGAUAAACCCCGCAUCAUUGAAACAAGUAAUAAUAGAAGGCGCGGAGAAACUGCCGACCUAUAACAUGUUUGAGCAGGGCCAGGGCAAGCUUAGCCUCUUGAAGAGCAUGCAAAGCCUGCUGUCGUAUAGGCCGAAAAUUAGUCUAGUUCCACCCUUACUUGAUUAUACCUCGAAUUACAUGUGGCCAUACAGCUCUCAGCCGCUAUACUUUGGCAGCUCCGUGGCCAUUGUGAACGUGACAAUACUCAAUGGAAUAUCAGUGACCAGUCAUGUUGUAGACACGCCCAAGUGGAUACCAGAUUUUGAGCAUAAUGGACACUUUCUCAAAAUAUCAACACGAUAUUCUCCCACACUCUGGCCAUGGACUGGUUGGAUGGCAGUUUAUAUAGCUGUUAAUAAAGAUGGUGAGGGCUACGAAGGCGUUGCUAAAGGAAACAUAUCUCUAAUAAUUGAAAGUUUAAGGGACAAAAGCAACGAAACAAUUUCGAGUGAAGUAAUUUUUCCGCUUACCAUAAAACUCACGCAAAAACCGCCCAGGAAUAAACGAAUUUUGUGGGACCAGUACCACAGCUUGAGGUAUCCUCCCAGGUAUAUACCACGAGAUGAUUUAAAAGUAAAGUCCGAUCCUCUUGACUGGCGAGCGGACCACAUACACACAAAUUUCAAAGAAAUGUAUACAUAUUUACGCAAUGUUGGAUACUACAUUGAUGUCUUGAGGGAGCCCUACACAUGCUUCAAUGCCUCAGAUUAUGGCACUUUAUUGGUUGUAGAUCCAGAGAAGGAAUUCGAUGACGCUGAGGUGCAUAUCUUAAAGGAACAUGUUCAUAGGGAUGGACUGAGCGUGGUCAUAUUCGCUGAUUGGUACAACACAACGGUGAUGAAAAAAAUAAAAUUCUUCGACGAGAAUACUAGACAAUGGUGGAUACCGGAUACUGGUGGCGCCAAUAUCCCAGCUCUGAAUGAUCUGUUGCAACAGUUUGGCAUCGCAUUUGGUGACUUUGUUGGCGAGGGACACUUUAAACUUGGCGAUCAUUCAAUGUAUUAUGCAAGUGGCACAACAAUUGUUAAAUUUCCAGCCAAUCCAAAUGAUAUUGUGGUGGGAGCCAGUCUAAAUGAUCAAGGACAAUCGAUUAUUACGGGCACAAAAUCUUCAAAAAAGGAACCCAAAAAGGUCGUACCGAUUCUGGGUUUAUUUCAAACAAAUUCCAGUAAUGAAGGAGACAAUAUGGGCGACACUAUUUCGAUCGAUGACCCAAAACAUAAAGGCAGAUUCCUGCGGCCAAAAUUGAGUAAGCGGAAUCUGAGCUAUUUGCAAAAUGUGAAUGUGCCACACGAAGGACGCAUCGCUGUGUAUGGGGACUCAAACUGCCUCGACUCUACGCAUAUCGAGAAGGCUUGCUACUGGCUUUUGAUUACCUUCUUAGACUUUGCCAUGAAUGCACAUAAAUCCAGUUUGCUGCAGAAUCUAAACCGCAUGUCAGAGUUUAAGAAAUUGGCUGACAAACCCCUACCUCUAAGGAUAUCCAGCAAUAGUACUAAGCCAGAAGUUACUGAUAGAAGUGCCCGACUGCUGCAAUGUGAACAGCUUGACUGGAUAAGCCCGACGUUAAGCAAAACUAAUCAUCAUCUGGAAGAACAACACACUGUGGAAUGGGUUGCAAGUGAACUUGAAGGAGCAGAGCAGCAAAAUAAUCAGAUUAAACAAAUACUGGAUGCAGCGAUUAUGAAAUCUUCACAAGAUGCUGAAUAUUUCAUGGGAAGCCAAGCAGAAAUUAGUUUGGGAACGUCAAUGAUGUUCAUUUUUGGUCUAAGCUGUUUUGUUAUUGUAUUAUUUGUGCUAUUUAUGAAAAGACGAUUUAUUUUGUAAAUAAAUGAUUGAACAUG